AUGUCCGUGGAAAUUCAGGUUCGCGCUGUUAAUUCGACAUGGCUGCGGCGAUGCGACGCGUCGCAUUUUCUCACAAACAGCGAUCGAUUUUUGGACGAGUACACUCCGUACCACACGAUUUUUGCAGAAUUACCGGAUAGCUAUUUCAAAUUAUUCUGGAAGACACGUUUAGCCCUCUAUUAUGUGUACACCAAUAUCUCUUCAAAUUACGACUGGUACUACAAAUCGGACGACGAUACAUAUGUGAUUCUGGAGAAUCUUCGCUCCUAUUUGGCGACGUUCGACCCAAAUGAACCGCACUACAUUGGAUUCAGGUUGAAGAGAAGAAUGCCACAACAUGGGUACAACGCCGGCGGAAGCGGUUAUGCUAUGAGUCGAGCUGCCAUGAAAAUUUUCGCCGAGCGAACUAUUCCAUAA